AUGGCCGACCACGACAAGCCCCCCGCGUACGGCGGUCCUCCCCCUCAACACCCGCAACAAGCCUACCAAGGCUACGGCUCCCCGCCUCCCCCGGGCGGCCCAGGAGGAUACGGCACCCCUCCGCCGGGACAGUACUACUCCCCCGGCCCGGAGAUGAACUACGGCCACCAGCAAGGCCCUUACCCGCCUCCUGGACAGUACCCCCCCGGACAAUAUCCUCCUCAAGGACCCUACCCGCCCCAGGGCCAGUACGGACAGCAGUACCCGCCGCAAGGCGGUUACUACCAGGACAACCGCGGCGGCGGCUCGGGAGGCGGCAUCAUGGCUGGUCUGCUCGGUGCGCUCGCAUGCUGCUGCUGUCUUGACUGCUUGUUCUAA